AUGAGCGCGGCUACAGCUCCAGAACCCUCGUCUACAAACGCCACCUCAUCUAAUGGACAGCAGGCCGCAAAUCUCGAGUUGAAUCCGACGGCGGCUGAGGUUUAUGAUAAUUGCUUUCCGCCCAACACUCCGCUCGCUGCGUCGACAACGUCUUUUCUCCUUGGGAGUUUAUUUUCUAUCGGCCUAUGGUUCUUCGUAGCCAACAGUCACAUAAUCCCGGCUCUCUUCAAGGGCUCGUGGGCUUCUGUAGCCUUUAAUCAGCCUUUAGUACAGCUCCCAUUCUUCAUUGGAGCUUGGGCAUUCUUUCAUUGGGCAGAAUUUGCUGUCACCGCGGGCUGGAACCGAGAAAAGUGCAGCUCGCAUUCAUUCCUUUUGGACAACGGAAAGGAGUAUCAUAUUGCGCACACUUUCGCUCUUGUCGAGUUUCUUGUGACGUGGUAUUUCUUCCCAACUUCCCACCAAUGGGCGUUUAUUACUCCUAUCGGCGUGUUAAUGGUCAUCGCUGGGCAGGUCCUGCGUUCGGCUGCAAUGAUUCAUGCAUCUACAAAUUUCUCUCACGUGGUUGCUCAUCAGCAUAGACAAGGGCACAGGCUCGUAACAGGGGGUGUUUAUAGUUGGUCACGACACCCGUCUUAUGUCGGAUUUUUCUAUUGGGGAAUUGGCACACAGCUUGCUCUGCAAAACAAGAUUUCGUUCAUUGGAUACUCUAUUGUGCUGUGGCGUUUCUUCUACAGGCGUAUCAUCUAUGAAGAGAGAGCAUUGGUACGCUUCUUUGGUGAUGACUAUAAGACGUAUAGAGAACGUGUUCCGACCCGUAUCCCGUUCAUCCGUUAG